AUGGGAGUGUGUUAAACAAAAAAGUAAAACUCAAAAUUAGAAUCAUCAAGCAGAGUUAAUACAGAAAGUAAAACAAAAAUGGACAUGUCAGGUAAUCAAGAAAAUGAAUUUAAAAAAUCUCUAUUUCAUCAUUAAGAGAAGCGACUCAAUACCGAGACUAUUUGUUCACCUAAUAUAGACUGUCCAAUUCCAGCAACUUAAAGAGCUCAUGCUUAUACUAUGCCUAAAAUAUUGAAUGUUGCUUAAGGUCUUAGUCCACUAUUAGAAUUGAUAAGUGCUUCUAAAAAGUAUACCCUUAUUGGAUAACAUAAAUCAAAUUAUGUAUAAAUAAAUCUUAUAUAUUAAGCUACUUUAAAUUUUACAAAACAACAAAACUGGAAUGCUUGUUUAAAUGGAAAAUAUUCCAAAAAAUACAGAUGGCAAUGAAAAAUAUAUUAAUUGGCUUUAAAAGAUAUCAAUAGUAUUUAAUAAAUAUAUCAUUAGGAUCAUCCAAAUAUAUUAAGAAUUAUAGAGAUCUACCAAGAUAAAACUAAUUAUUAAGUUAUUUCUGAAUACUUUAAUGGUGCAAGUCUUUCAGAUUUAAUAAUUGGAGAAACAAAAGUCUCAAAACCAUAGGUAGCUUAAAUCUACGAAUAAAUAAUGUCUGCUAUUUCAUAUCUUCAUCAAAAAAAUAUUGUACAUGGCAAUUUAACUCUUAAAUCAUUUGAAUAUGUGUAUUAAAAUGAUAGAAUUGUUGUUAAAUUAACUAAUUUAAGAUCAAUCUAUUAUAAGGAUUUAACAAAUUUUGAAGUUAUUAAAUUAUUACCUCCAGAAUGUCUUUAUCAUUAAAAUGUAUUUACUAAAGAAAGAGAUAUAUGGACAGUAGGUUUGAUUGGAUUGAUAUUGAGAAAAGGUAAAUUACCUUAUGAAUUACCAUAAAAUGUCUCAUAAUAAAUUUUGAUAUAAAUUAUCAAAGAUCAUAAAUUUAAUUUCUAACAUAAAAAGGAUUAAAAAUUUAAACAUUUUCUAGAGACAGUAUUAUCAAAAAUUCCUUAAUAAAGACUUGAUUUUGAAACUUUACUUAAACAUGAAUUCAUAAAAUUUUAUUCAAAUAAAAAAAAUAAUACAUAAGAAUUAUUACUUAAUAAUUUUUUAACAAAUAAACCAUGUUGUCUAAUCUAAUAAUUAAUAUUAGGUUAUUUUGGAUAAGAAUUUAAUUUAGAAGAGUAUAUUGCAGCUUAAAAGCUAUUUUUAGAAGCUAAUCUCAAUAAUGAUGGUUUUGUAAGUAAAGAAGAAUUAAUUAAACUAUUUUAAAAUUAUAAAUUUAAUAAAGAGAAUACUAUUAAAAUAAUAGAUGAUAUAUUCUCAUAAUUAGAAAUAAGUGAUGGAAAAGGAAUGGAUUAAAAUUAAUUCAUUUCUUUAACUUUGUCUAGGUCAAUAUUAUUGACUUAAGAAAACAUUGAAACAUGCUUUGCUAUAUUUUCAUUCAAUAAAUAAGAAAUAAUAUUAAAAGGAUUGAAAAGACAUUUGCAAUGUGAAACUGUUGAUAUUAAAUCAGAAUUUGCAUCUAUCACUGAUGAUCUAAACACAGUAAUAAUUAUAUAUAUUUCUUAGCUCAAUCAAUAAUAAUUUGAAUCCUUAAUGAAAUUACUGCUUUGA